AACAUAUGCUCAUGGACGUGGGUUUAUCCUGUAAAAAAGGGGUGGAGACCGUCACACAACGGGGCUGUCAGAUGUCGUAUGAGGAAUACGGCGAUUCGGCUCUGCACGCAAAGGGAUAAACUCGGAAUCCACUGCUGAUGAAGUCAGUGGUAAUCCGUCUCUUAUGGAUCCCGGUCGUGGUUUCACCUGCCAUAUGUGAUGGGGUCUAUUCUAUGGACGCUGGAGAGCUGGGAAAAAUAUCGAGUGGAGUUGCUGAUAGAUGGCUGGAUAUACCUGAGCUGCACUACAACGCGAGUAGUAUACGGAGAUGUCCGAAUCGAAUCGGGUCAUCGGGCAUCUAUACCAUCGAAAGACCACUGCAGUCACAAUAGACUGCACACGGUAUGAACAACUCACAGAAAAGAAACUGCAUCACCACUCAUUCCACAGUUUGCCUUGGUGCGAGAGGGCUCGU